AGAAUGUAUUUGGGUUGAGCGCGCUCCUAUAGCUGAGGAGGGUCCUUCCACUUGCACACAGGACCCCCUCCACCUCAACCUACCUUCCCUUCUUUAUACAUCUCUUCCUGCAUGGACGCCCGAUGCCGGAACAUGCUAAAAUAUUUGGGAAGAAGCUCGGUUCCGUCGCUGGAGUCUGUGGCUGGAUUCUAAUUUGUUGUUUUAAUGGGAUUAAUCUCCCAAUUUCUGACAGAAAAUAAUUUAAGAUUACUAUUUAUUCAACCUCAGAGACCGCUCAGGAAAAUAAGUGAACUCACAAAACAGUUAAAUUAUUAGAUGUUUGAUCAAGCCACGAGUAUGGGCGAUGGAAUCUCCGAGGACCGAAACCACUCUGGAUCCGAUUCGUUGUGCCGUGACCGCGGCAGAGACUCCAAAACCCGGGUGGAAGUGGGGAACCGGUCACCUGUGCUGAGUUCUUCCGACACACCCGGGACUUCGGCCUCCACACCGACUUCAUCGAGCGAGGAUGGACACGAUAAACUAUUAGGAGUCGAUCCGGACUAUUGCAGAAGGAUUCUGGUCAGAGACGCCAAGGGCACUAUUCGGGAGAUUGUUUUGCCAAAAGGCCUGGAUCUAGACCGGCCGAAGCGCACGCGGACCUCGUUCACGGCGGAGCAGCUCUACCGGCUGGAGCUCGAGUUCCAGCGAUGCCAGUAUGUGGUCGGGCGCGAGCGCACCGAGCUCGCCAGACAGCUCAAUCUUUCAGAAACUCAGGUGAAAGUGUGGUUUCAAAACCGCCGCACCAAACAGAAGAAGGACCAGACCAAUGACGCUGACAAACGGUCGUCAUCCACUACCGAAUCGCUUGCCACAUGCAACAUCUUGCGGCUGCUUGAACAGGGGCGGCUUUUAUCUGUGCCUGCGCCUCCACCCAACCCACUGCUGGCUCACUCACACCCGGGCAACAGCUCGCUCCUGGGCAGCUCGUCCAUAUCCACUUCCUCUGGGGUGAUUAGCAGCACCACCACAGCGGCGGGCGGGACAUUUGGACUGUCACUUUCUUCUUUAGGUGGCAACCCAUCCUCGCCACGCCUCGGGGUCCCACCGCCCUCCCUUUGCUUUACCAUGCCUCUCUUGGGCAGCACCCAUCACGAACUGCCAUCGGGAUAUGGGUGUGGAUCCUCAGCGUUUGAGCCCUACAUGAGGAUAGAGAGGAAGGACGUGGAGUUAAAUGGGAAGAAGACGGUUUCCUAAAAACGUUCCCAAUCUGCUGGUACCUUCUCACUUCUACCCGUCUCAGGGGUCUUACCUGUGCCGUGAACAACCGAAAGAUUUACAAACUAACAGAAAGUGAUUGAAUGAUGGCCUCUCUUGCACUAGUGCCUAUAACCAAACCAAGGCGAGUCGGACUCCAUCGUUCCAGUGGAGGUGAGCGUUUGGGACGAAGCCUGUAAUUAAGCAUCGCUGUGUUUGGUCAAUUGUGUCGUCCACACAUUUCCUUCCAUUUUUGCAUUACGUGUGUGUUAAGGAACUUAUUCUUUGUGAACGAUGGAGAAUGGCGUAAAUGUAACUGUAAUUGUAAAAGGCUUAAUAAUUUCUCA